UCAUUUAAACACUUGAGAAAAAUUGUACAACGUAACAGAAAAAAACUAUUAUUCCCCAAGUUUUUUUUUUAUAUCGUUAUAAUAAAAAAGUUUCUCAAAAAUGCAAAACGAUCAAGGUAUCCAAGUUGAUCUUUACAAGCCAAGAAAAUGUUCUGCCACAAAUCGACUUAUUACUGCAAAAGAUCACGCAUCAGUGCAAAUUAAUGUUGGAGAUGUUGAUGAAAAAGGUCAUUUCAUAAAUAACAGCUUUAAACGAUAUGAAUUAUGUGGUUUCAUUCGUAGUUCAGGAGAAUCUGAUGAUUCUUUAAAUCGUCUUGCUACAUCGGAUGGAUAUCUCAAAAAUGUAUGGUCUUCUCAACGCUAGAAAAAUAUAUUUUCUCAGAUUUGAUUUCCCUUAUAAAGUGAUUUUGAAAUCAAAAUUAUUUCUUUUAAUCAAUAAAUAAUAAUUUAUACACAAAAUAAGUAAUUUGAAAAUAUUUUUUUUAUCGCGAAUUAUUCGAAAUUUUAUUUCGUAAAUUAAGUAAAAGAAAA